UGUCGAAACCGGUUUAAGAGCAGCAACUUCGACUUGUGCACCUCCUGUUGCCUCGUUCCGCAACAGCAACCACCACCACCCUUCUCCCGCACGAAUCCACCUCCGCUUUAUCCUCCUUCCCUUCUCUCACUCUCUUCUCAACUCUGUUCCUUCUACCUGUCUCCGUCUGUGUGUCGCUGACCACUGCGAUGGAUCCGGAGGUUCUGCAGAAUGUGGCCAACGCGGUGAUGGUGAUGCAGGAUCCCAGCGCACCGGCAGAGACCAAGCACGAGGCGUUUGAGUACUUCAAUGCCUUCAAGGAUCAAGCACAGGACGCGCCAGCAUACGGCCUGUACAUGGCAUCCAUCCAGGAACAGAGCAUGAUUGCUGACCACAACGACCUCAUCCGCCACUUUGGGCUGCAGCUGCUGGAGCAUUGUGUGCAGCACCGCUGGGAUUCGUACGCCCAAGAACAGAAGGAGGAGAUGAAGCAGGCACUCCUGCACAACCUGAUCAUGCGCGGCACCUUCCCGCUGCUGCAGGAACGGCCGUUCAUCAUGGAGAAGAUUGCCAGCCUUGUCUCCGAGGUUGCCAUUCGCGAAUGGCCGCAGCGGUGGCCGGACUUUCUCGACAUUCUCCUCGAAAUUGCAGCCAACAGCUCCACCCAAACAUACAUCGUGUUGACGUGCUUGAAGACAUUCACCGAGACGAUUUUCCAGUUCAGUGACGCACUCACCAACCAGCGCCGCAACGACCUCGUGCGUAGCCAUCUGCGUUUGAUGCUGGUUGUUGCGCUUGUGGCGAGCUUCAACAACCUGCCGACAGCCGAGGAGCACCAGGAGCAACUGCAGACGCUCUUUGGCGCCAUCCUCCAGGAGUGGCUCAACCUCGAGCACAUCGUCUCCUCCCCAGAACAGCUUGUUGAGUAUGGCGGGCUGAACCAGCCCAUGGUGGACAACCAGAACAACCGCACCAUGAUGAUGACCAUCCUCGGCUCCCUCGCCACCGCCCUUAGCAACACAAAGCCACGCCCAGCCCCGUAUGCAAAGGCGACGCCCAACGGCAAUGGCGGGUGCGACUCGGGCGGCAUUGGCUCGGCCUUCCCGAGCCAGGCGCUGUGCGAGCUUGCCCUGCCGCUGGUGCUCAGCCUCGUGCGCACCCUGCACACACUCGAGACGCAGGCGUGCACGGCGCUGUCUGGGGAGCUGCGCGUGCUGCUUGGGCUGCGGCGGUCAGACAUGCUGCUGCACCUGCCCAACGUCGUGGACGAGUCUGCGCGCCAGAUGGACCCGCACCUGCUGUGGGUGGACCGCUCGCAGCUGUGGCUGGCCUCCCUGCGCACCAACGUGUACACCAUCCUGCAGAGCUGCGCCAAGCACGGCAUCCUAUACUACGAGGGCGUGCUGCCCAUGUUUGCCGACACCGUCAUGACCGGGCUGGACGAAAUGUCCAGCCACAACUGGAAGGCCUUCUUCCGGCACGUGGUUGCGCCGUUUGAGCAGUACAUCCCGCGCUCGCCCCCAGCACUGGACGCCGCCACGGCCGUGCUGGGCCAGCUGUACGCGAGCGCGGCCGCGUUUCUCGAGCGCGCCCUGCCGCCCAUUGAGGCGGCAGACCAGGCGGCAGCAAACGGCAACGCGCGGGAGGCACCGCAGGCAACGAUGGCGAGCAGCUUCCUCACGGCGGAGCAGCGGGAGAUUGUGGACGACGCGCUGCGGUCCACGGCUGCAGACGCCGUGCUGGUGCACUUCCACCAGAUGCUGAGCGACCACUGCCAGCCCGCGGCAGACAAGGGCAAGGACGAGAUCUUCGUGAGCCCGUUGGCCACCUACUUCCUUUUCUCCGACGCCACGGCGCUCGCCAUCAUCCGCAUCACGCAGGUGGCGCUGACGCGUGGCAGCGGCAGCCUCGCCAAGCGCGCGGCGUCGUGUGUGUCCCGCAUUGUGCGCACGACGGCGGGCAACGACGUGUAUCGGGGCGUCGUGCAGCAGCAGCUGCUGCCGGCCACGCUCAAGGCCAUGUUCCACCACGGCCAGCACCAGGAGUACCUCACCGACUUUGUCAACCUCCUCAUGCGGUGCAUUGAUGUAUUGCAGCCGGAAGACAUCCCGGAUGCGUUUGGUUCCAUUCCAAACCUGGAUGUCGAGGCCAUCCAGCGCUACUACUCUGAGGUGCAGAGCGGGCAUCUGAAGAGCGUCAAGUCAAAGCGCAACCAGUUGAAGAAGCUGUUCCAGAGCUGUAUUGGCCUGCACGUCAGCCAGUGGGCCUCGGACCGCGUCAAGGUCCUCAAUCUUCCCGAAAAACUCUUUCUCUCCAGCAAGCAGCGCCGCUCCACGCAGGACAGCGAUGAUGUGACGGUUCUCCCAGACUUUUUCGACGCAUAGCAUAGCGUUGUAGUGUUGUAGUGUUGCAGUGUCUCUUGUGUGCGUUUUGAGAGCCAUGCAUGUUUUGUGGCGUGAGGUUCGGUUGGUUGUGACUCAUGUUGUGUGUGUGUGUGUGCGUGCGUGCGUGUGUGCGUGUGUGUGUGUGUAUGGAUGUGUGGUGGAGCGUCGUUUGACGUUGGUUUCUUCGUUGUUACAUAGUUAGGCUCGUGUCAUGUUCGUAGCAUUGUCCUUCACUUGCUCGCUCAGGUUCGCCCCCCCCCCACACACACACAUCGUAAGUUAUGCCUUGUUGGAUACAGGCAGCAGCAGAAAACCAAACAAACAUCCCCCACCUGUCAUGCGUGCUUUUGUGUAGUUUCUCAGAGCAACGGUAAUAAACGACUUGCUGAAA